AUGGCAGACGAUCCUAAUAUGAACUUUGGGGUACAGAUGGCAGACGAUCCUAAUAUGAACUUUGGGGCAUUCUCCCAGUCACUCUGCAGCCAGCAUGUAGUUUCAUUUCCGACAAGCGUAGCCACUAGUGGCUCAGGAGGCAUGCCAACAUACCUGGAUUGUUCCACUGGGAUGGAUGCCAGUGUGGGGAUGCUGACCACACCUUCAGUGGUUGUUUCCACUGGUUCAUCUAAUAUGCCAACAGAUUCCGGGCAGAACCUCAAAUAUGGUGGGCCGCUGGCUGCGGAUUGGACACAGCUUGAGCUUGAAAUUCUGAGAGAUGGCAUGGAGAAAUAUGUUCAUGAACAAGGCAUCAUGAAAUAUAUAAAGAUAGCAGCAUCGUUACCGAACAAGACAGUAAGAGAUGUCACAAUGAGGUGCCAGUGGGUAGGGAAGAAAGUAAAUACAAGGCGAAGGAAACCCCAAGAACACCAUACUGGGAGAAAUACAAAAGAAAGAAAGGAUAAAUUUGUAGAGCCUGCACCGUGGGGAGCAAAUCAUCCUCUUCAAACAGGCAUGAGAGCCUCUUCAUUUAUGCCUCAUAAUGUUCAAAACAAUAUGUUUCUAUCUGGAGCCUCUGAGAUAGAUCGUCCAGUGCAGCAUCUACUGGAGGAAAAUAAUAGGCUUCUUAAUCAAAUCGAAACAAAUAUUCAGAGUUUUCAGCCUCAUAACAAUUUCGAUCUCUUCCAUCGGGCAAGAGAGAACAUUAAUGAUCUUCUACAAAUCACGAGCCAACUGCCUGGACUGAGGACCAAGAUGCCUCCACUUAGCGUGUCAGUGGAUGAAAAUCUUGCUAGCUUCGUGCUUCCUGGCAUUACAAUGGAUCAAAUUCUUGGAAGCAACCAUUUGAAGGAGGAGCCAAGAGGAUGGUAG